AUGUUCCUCAAAUCCUUACCCGUAAGGAGAAAAAUCUCGAAUUUCUUAGAUAUUUUCCCGAGAAAAUGCACGGGUUUAAGAAAUCUCUCUUCUUCUCCAGCUACAAUCGCCGGAAUCCCACCCAGAGACGACGUAGCGUUCAUCGCUCAUCUCAUAGAGAAGCAGCACUGGUCAAAGCUCGGAUUUCAUGUGAAAUACAUAAACCCUAACGAGCUAUUUCAACAGUUGAUAUGUUCUGAGCUUGACCCAGAUUUGUGUCUCAGGUACUUAGUGAAGAACAGUAACAUUUCGCUAGAGCUCACAUUUAAGUUCUUGCAUUCUCUUGCCAAUGCCAAAAGGUACUCUAAGAUCCGAUCUUUCCUUGAUGGGUUUGUGAAGAAAGGAUCGUCGGAUCAUCCAGUUCACUCGAUUUUCCAUGCCAUUUCAAUGUGUGACAAUGUUUGCGUCAAUUCGAUUAUAGCUGAUAUGUUGGUGUUGGCUUAUGCGAACAACUCGAGAUUCGAUUUAGGAUUAGAGGCGUUUAAGCGUGCAGGUUAUUAUGGGUAUAAGUUGUCUGCUUUGUCUUGUAAGCCUUUGAUGAUUGCGUUGCUGAAGGAGAAUCGGUUUGCGGAUGUUGAAUAUGUUUACAAAGAGAUGAUUAGGAGAAAGAUUCAACCAAAUGUGUUCACUUUCAAUGUCGCGAUCAACGCGUUGUGCAAAACGGGGAAAAUGAACAAAGCUAGGGAUGUUAUGGAGGAUAUGAAAGUAUAUGGAACUGCUCCAAAUGUAGUCAGUUAUAACACUCUCAUUGAUGGGUACUGCAAGCUUGGGGUAAUCGGGAAAAUGUACAAAGCAGACGCGGUUUUGAAGGAAAUGGUGGAGAAUAAGGUGUCCCCUGACUUGACUACAUUCAAUAUAUUGAUUGAUGGAUUCUGGAAAGAUGGGAAUUAUUCAGGGAGUAAGAAGGUAUUUAAAGAGAUGCUAGAUCAAGACGUGAAACCGAAUGUUAUCACUUAUAAUUCACUGAUUAAUGGUUUGUGUAGUGGAGGAAAAAUAAGCGAGGCUAGUGGUCUGCACGAUAAGAUGGUCAGCACAGGCGUGCAGCCUAACUUGAUUACCUACAACUCUCUUAUCAACGGGUUUUGCAAGAACAAUAUGCAAAAAGAAGCUCUUAAUAUGUUUGACUCAGCGAAAGGCCGUGGAAUUGUUCUUACUGCGAAAACGUAUAACAUCCUGAUUGAUGCGUAUUGUAAGUCAGGAAAAAUCGAGGAUGGGUUUGCACUAAAAGAAGCAAUGGAACGGGAAGGGAUUAUACCAAACGUUGAAACUUAUAAUUGCUUGAUUGGUGGGUUGUGUAGAAACGAUAAAAUAGGAGCAGCUAAGAAGCUUUUUGAUCAAGUGACUAGUAAAGGAGUUCCUGAUCUUGUGACAUAUCACAUACUCAUGGAUGGUUAUUGCAGUAAAGGAGAAUCAAGAAAAGCAGCGAUGCUUUUGAAACAACUAUCGAAGACAGGUCUGAAGCCGAGACAUCUGACAUAUAACAUUCUGAUGAAAGGCUACUGUGAGGAAGGAAAUCUGAAGGCAGCAACAAACGUGAGGACACAGAUGGAGAAAGAAAGGCGGUUGCGUAUGAAUGUAGCAUCAUAUAAUGUGCUUCUGCAAGGAUGUUCACAAAAGGGAAAGUUGGAGGAUGCAAACAGGCUUUUGAAUGAGAUGUUGGAGAAAGGUUUAGUCCCGAACCGUAUGACGUAUGAAAUAGUUAAAGAAGAAAUGGUAGAUAAAGGUUUUGUUCCAGACGUUGAAGGUCAUCUAUUUAAUGUCUCCACUAAAUCCUAA